AUGCCCCUUGGCAUACUUACUUGUAUUGUCUGUACUCAGCACACAGGCACACAAGCACACGACCACGACCACGACGGCUUGUAUCACGACCACUUCGCCAAUAAUUCAAUAGCCUCACACAAGAAAGCCGUCCCCACUUCCAAUAAAAAUCCCCCAAGAACCAAAGUUCGAACAAAAGAACAUGCCGUGCACGCCGAGGGGUUGGAUCGUCGCCUCUUUGCUCCUCCCAGAGCCCCAGUUGCAAGUAAUGUAGGGGGCCGUGUCGGCGAUCCUCAAAGAGCGAGUAGCAUCAUAACAGUGGGCCGUCGACCUCUCAGGUCCCUCAGCGUACAAAGUUACAGUCCAUACAAUACCUUGGGCGACGAUCAUUGUCAGGGGAGCACGCGCACACACGCACUAAACGGAUCACCACGCCUCAAAUCUCAAGGCUGCUGCCGGCCGGUAACAGCAGACCCAUUGGGAAGGACGGGCAGAUCUCUCUCCUCCAGAGGGAAAGUGAAAUGUGGGAUAAAUUCCCCGGAGUCACCACAGCUGAACAUCAUCAUCUUGAUCAAGUGUGUGAAUACUUCCAAGUGUGUAAGUUACGUAUCAUCACAAUCUCAAUAUGGCAUUGUCCUCAUGGUUGCCGCCCACCAUGCUAUAUGGGGUCGGUCGGCGGGCGCGCCAAACAAAACCACUCUCGCUCGCUCGGUGGAAUUCUAAAGAAUAAGAGAAAAGAAAUUACGCCGUGGUUCCUCCCAAGCAAUCCUGUGCUUUUCUCCUACUAACUACAUGUACUAUUGUAAUUCGUAACCACCCAUAAACGAAAUGAACGCGCAAAACGACCAAUAGAUAAUAAAACGGCAAAUCCACCACGAG